CACCCUACAGCAGUUCAUACUGUGUGGUUCGCAGGAAGCAUAUAUUGGCUUUUUUUUUUUUUUCGAGUUCCCAGCUCACAGUUGGGGAGACCCUAACGCGAGCCUUCAAUUGAAGCGAGACCCAAGGACAGUGAGAAGCUGGGUCCUAAUCUGGAGUCCUGCCAGCCUGACAUGGAAAUGGAAGCGAACGACCAUUUUAACUUUACUGGCCUUCCCCCUGCACCAGCUGCCUCAGGACUGAAACCCUCUCCUUCAUCAGGGGAGGGCCUCUACACUAACGGGUCUCCCAUGAACUUCCCCCAGCAAGGGAAAAGUUUGAAUGGGGAUGUGAAUGUUAAUGGCUUAUCUACUGUAUCUCACACUACUACUUCAGGGAUUUUGAACUCUGCUCCCCACUCCUCCAGCACCUCACACCUCCAGCACCCUAAUGUGGCCUACGACUGUCUUUGGAACUACUCACAGUACCCACCUGCCAAUCCCGGCAACAACCUCAAGGACCCACCCCUUCUUGCUCAGUUCCCUGGGGGACAAUACCCGCUCAACGGUAUCCUUGGGGGCAGCCGACAACCUUCAUCCCCAAGUCACAACACUAAUCUUCGAGCUGGGAGUCAAGAGUUCUGGGCCAAUGGUACCCAGAGUCCCAUGGGGCUUAACUUCGAUUCACAGGAGCUGUAUGAUUCCUUUCCUGACCAGAAUUUUGAGGUGAUGCCCAAUGGACCUCCAAGUUUUUUCACCUCCCCACAGACUUCUCCAAUGUUGGGAUCUAGUAUCCAGACCUUUGCACCUUCCCAGGAUGUAGGCAAUGGGAUCCAUUCUGAUGAGGCAGCAGAAAAGGAGCUGACUUCAGUUGUGGAGGAAAAUGGCACUGGCUUGGUAGGCAGCCUGGAACUGGAGGAAGAGCAGCCAGAAUUAAAGAUGUGUGGCUACAAUGGUUCUGUCUCCUCUGUGGAGUCUUUACACCAAGAAGUCUCUGUCCUGGUUCCUGAUCCCACGGUGAGCUGUUUAGAUGAUCCUUCGCAUCUUCCUGAUCAACUGGAAGACACUCCAAUCCUCAGUGAAGAUUCCCUUGAGCCCUUUGACUCUCUGGCACCAGAGCCAGUGAGUGGAGGACUUUAUGGAAUAGAUGACACAGCAUUGAUGGGUGCAGAAGACAAGCUGCCUCUGGAGGACAGCCCUGUGAUCUCUGCUCUCGACUGCCCUUCUCUCAGUAAUGCUGCUGCCUUCAGUCUCCUCGCAGAUGACAGCCAAACGGCAGCCUCUCUCUUUGUCAGCCCCACCUCUCCACCUGUCUUAGGGGAGUCUGUCUUACAAGAUAACAGCUUUGACCUGAAUAAUGGCAGUGACUCUGAACAGGAAGAAAUGGGGCCUGAGUCUUCAGACUUCCCACAUCCCCUGACUGCGCCAGCCCCUGACCAACCACCUACUGUUGAGCUACAUCCCACAGCCUCCCCAGCAGCCUCCUUGACAGCAUCUCCAGGUGCCUCUCCGGCAGCCUCCUCACUUGUUCCUCCUACAAUCUUCCCAGCAGUGUCUCCAGCUCCUUCCCCUGCCCUCCCAGCCGCCUCUCUAGAAGCCUCUUUGACAGCUCCAGUGACCUCCCCUCAAGCUUGCCCUGCUCCUUCUCCAGCACCCGCCUUCCAGACAGUUUCCCAAGCAAGUGAAGACAGCAGUAGCAUUCCAGAAGCUUCUGCUGGUUUAGAAGAGACUACUGGAGGAGCUGUCACAGUUUCUGGUAGUGGUGAUGUGCUGAAGAGACGCAUUGCUACCCCAGAAGAAGUUCGUCUUCCCCUCCAACAUGGGUGGCGGAGAGAAGUACGCAUCAAGAAGGGCUGCCAUCGGUGGCAGGGGGAGACUUGGUAUUAUGGCCCCUGUGGGAAGAGAAUGAAGCAGUUUCCGGAAGUUAUUAAGUACCUGAGCCGAAAUGUGGUACACAGUGUCCGCCGUGAGCACUUCAGCUUCAGUCCCCGCAUGCCUGUUGGAGAUUUCUUUGAAGAAAGAGACACACCAGAGGGCUUGCAGUGGGUCCAGUUAUCUGCAGAGGAGAUUCCUUCCAGAAUUCAAGCAAUUACUGGCAAACGAGGCCGACCUCGAAAUAAUGAGAAGGCCAAGAACAAGGAAGUUCCCAAAGUGAAGCGGGGCCGAGGUCGACCACCGAAGGUCAAAAUUCCUGAGCUAUUGAAUAAAACAGACAACCGACUUCCAAAGAAACUAGAAGCCCAAGAACCACUGAAUGAGGAGGAUAAAGCAAAGAUGAGUAAAAGCAAAAAGAAGGUGAGGCAGAAGGUGCAGCGGGGAGAGAGUCAGACUGCUGUCCAAGGGCAGGCCAGAAACAAGAGGAAACAAGAUACCAAGAACUUAAAGCAGAAGGACACUAAGAAGAAACUCAAGGCUGAGAAAGAAAAGAUGAAGACAAAGCAGGAAAGAUUGAAGGACAAAGUAAAGAGGGAGAAGAAAGAAAAGGUGAAAGUGAAGGUAAAGGAAGAGGUGGCCAAAGCCAAACCAGUGUGUAAAGCAGAGAAGACCCUUGCCGCACAGAGGCGUCAGGAGGAACGGCAGAGGCAACAAGUUAUCUUGGAGGAGAUGAAGAAGCCCACGGAGGAUAUGUGUCUGGCUGAUCACCAGCCCCUGCCUGACUUCACACGCAUCCCUGGUUUGACAUUGUCCAGUAGGGCUUUUUCAGACUGCUUGACCAUCAUGGAGUUCCUGCACAGUUUUGGCAAAGUGUUAGGCUUUGACCUUACCAAAGAUGUUCCUAGUCUGGGAGUCCUGCAGGAGGGUCUCUUGUGUCAAGGUGACAGCCUGGGCAAAGUGCAAGACCUGCUGGUGCGGCUGCUGAAGGCUGCACUUCAUGACCCUGGUCUGCCCUCCCACUGCCAGUCCCUAAAGAUCUUGGGGGAGAAGGUGUCCGAGAUUCCACUGACCAGAGACAAUGUGUCUGAGAUACUACGCUGCUUCCUCAUGGCAUAUAGAGUGGAGCCAGCCUUCUGUGACAGUCUGCGCACCCAGCCUUUUCAGGCCCAGCCACCCCAACAGAAGGCUGCUGUCCUAGCCUUCCUUGUACAUGAGCUCAAUGGCUCCACCAUCAUUAUCAAUGAGAUUGAUAAGACACUGGAGAAUAUGUCUAGCUACAGGAAAAACAAAUGGAUUGUUGAAGGCCGACUCCGGAGACUGAAAACUGCUCUGGCCAAACGAACUGGGCGGCCUGAGGUUAUGAUGGAACGGCCAGAAGAAGGCCUGGGACGAAGGCGCAGUUCUCGAAUCAUGGAAGAAACCAGUGGCAUAGAAGAGGAGGAAGAGGAGGAAACUAUAAUCCAUGGCCGCAGAGCUCGAAGAGAUGGAGAGAUUGACAUUGCAACAUCCAGCAUUCCAGAGUUAGAGCGCCAGAUAGAAAAACUCAGUAAGCGUCAACUCUUCUUUAGAAAAAAGCUGCUUCACUCAUCCCAGAUGCUUCGAGCAGUCUCUUUGGGUCAGGACCGCUAUAGACGCCACUACUGGGUGUUGCCCUGUCUGGCUGGUAUCUUUGUAGAAGGAUCAGAGGAGAACAUAGUUACUGAAGAUGGAAUAAAGCAGGAAGCUGAGUACUUGACGGAAGCAGUCACUUCGACACCCUGUUCUGCCCCAGUCUCUGUAAAGAGAGAGUUGACUGGCUCCAACCCCUCUGCUUCUCCUGCCCGCGCGCGAGGCCGACCUCGAAAAUCUAAGCCUGGGUCUAUGCAGCCUAGGCACCCUAAAUCCGUUAUUGGAGAACAUGAUUCAGAACAAUCCCAGACUCAAGUUCAGCCAGAAUUUCAGCCCCAUCCUCAGUCCCAGCCCCCACAAAAUAAUGGGUUCCUAGAGCCAGAAGGCUCCCCUCUGUCUCUCUGUCAGAGCCAGCAUGACCUUAGCCAGUCUGCCUUCCUGUCUUGGCUGAGCCAGACUCAGAGCCACAAUUCUCUAUUGAGCAGCUCAGUCCUCACGCCUGAUAGCAGCCCGGGGAAAUUAGACUCCGGUCCAUCCCAGUCCUUGGAGGAACCCGAGCCUGAGGAGGCAGAAUCCUGCCCUGCUCCUCAAGGACCCUGGUUUAACUUCUCAGCCCAGAUACCCUGUGAUGCUGCCCCUACACCACCCCCUGCACUUUCUGAAGACCAGCCUACUCCUUCUCUCCAUCUGCCUGCCGCCUCUAAGCCAAUGAUUACUUCUGGUGCUGCCAAUCCUUGUUCUCCAGGGCAGUUCUCUUCCACCCACUUGCCUGGAAGGGGCACUAAGAGGCCAUCAGGAGACUCUGAAGAAAUGCCACAGAGUCCCACAGGGCUGGGACAACCAAAACGAAGAGGGAGACCUCCUAGCAAGUUCUUCAAGCAGGUGGAGCAGCGUUACUUAAGCCAGCUGACAGCCCAGCCUAUCCCCCCUGAGAUGUGCUCUGGCUGGUGGUGGAUCCGAGAUCCUGAGACACUGGACGUCAUGCUCAAGGCACUACAUCCUCGAGGCAUCAGGGAGAAGGCGCUACACAAACAUCUUAGCAAGCAUAAGGACUUCUUGCAGGAAGUUUGCUUACAGCCCUUAACUGAUCCCAUCUUUGAACCUUGUCAGCUGCCUGCCUUGGAAGAAGGAAUUAUGAGCUGGUCCCCCAAAGAGAAGACUUACGAGACAGACCUGACUGUGCUUCAGUGGGUAGAGGAGCUAGAGCAGCGUGUUGUCCUGUCUGAUCUGCAGAUUCGGGGCUGGACAUGCCCUAGCCCAGAUUCUAUCCGAGAAGACUUGGCCUACUGCGAGCAUCUCCCUGACAGUCAGGAGGACAUACCCUGGAGAGGACGGGGCAGGGAAGGGGCAGUACCUCAGCGGCAAAACACCAACCCCCUGGACCUUGCUGUGAUGCGAUUGGCUGCUCUGGAACAGAAUGUAGAGCGGCGUUACUUGCGGGAGCCCCUCUGGGCAGCCCAUGAGGUGGUAGUGGAGAAGGCCCUGCUGAGCACACCCAACGGCGCCCCAGAUGGCAGCACUACUGAGAUAUCAUACGAGAUUACCCCUCGUGUUCGUGUCUGGCGGCAGACACUUGAAAGAUGCCGUAGUGCAGCCCAGGUGUGCUUGUGCAUGGGCCAGCUGGAACGCUCCAUCGCAUGGGAGAAGUCUGUCAACAAAGUGACCUGCCUAGUCUGCCGGAAGGGUGACAAUGAUGAGUUCCUCCUGCUUUGUGAUGGAUGUGACCGUGGCUGCCACAUUUAUUGUCAUCGACCCAAAAUGGAGGCUGUCCCAGAAGGAGACUGGUUCUGUGCUGUCUGUUUGGCACAGCAGGUAGAGGAAGAAUUCUCUCAGAGGCCUGGUUUUCCAAAACGAGGCCAGAAGCGGAAAAGUAGUUUCCCACUGAACUUACCAGAGGGUGACAGUCGCCGACGCCGGAUGCUGUCGAGAAGCCGAGAAAGCCCAGCAAUGUCUCGGUGCCCAGAAGAUGGACUGUCUCCCUCCAAGAGACGGAGGCUUUCAAUGAGAAGCCACCACAGCGAUCUCACAUUUUGCGAGAUCAUCCUGAUGGAGAUGGAGUCCCAUGACUCAGCCUGGCCUUUCCUGGAGCCUGUGAACCCUCGGUUGGUGAGUGGGUACCGGCGCAUCAUCAAGAACCCUAUGGAUUUUUCCACCAUGCGAGAACGGCUGCUCCGAGGAGGGUAUACUAGUUCAGAGGAGUUUGCAGCUGAUGCUCUUCUGGUUUUUGACAACUGCCAGACCUUCAACGAGGAUGACUCUGAAGUGGGCAAGGCUGGGCACAUCAUGCGCCGCUUCUUCGAGAGCCGCUGGGAGGAAUUUUAUCAGGGAAAACAGGCCAAUCUGUGAGGCAAGGAAGGUGGUGUGUUUUCCAACCUUCCUAACAAGAACCUGCCAUUCUCACCUGCUGAUGGCUGCCCUGGGUGGACUAAUCAGACAUUGCUGAUGUUUGCCUCUGCCCUUGGCAGCACCACACCCUCUUGUCCCUAAUCUGCUUUUCUCCCUUCCUCCUAUUGCUCCUCAAAUAAGAGAUGUAGAGAUGAGGUCCUUCUGGACGGAAAGCCAAAAAAGCAAAAGAAUUUUUCCUGGUUUUUUUCCUUGAUUAAAAUGGAGAGGGGUAAAGAAGUCCCUUCCUCUUCCCGGCUUUUUCCCCUCCCUGUACAUGCCCCAGCAUCCUGGGGCUAUUUAACAAUAGCAAUAGUUCUAGUGAAUGUGUGAAACCGAGAAACACUCUGUACUGUGUGCGGACCCGCAGUGACGGCCAGUAAAGUGGACUUAACUCCCAAGUGUGUCGAGCCGGACACCGGGCCCUGAACAUGCUGCUUCCAUGUUCAGUCCCUUCCCUGCUUCUUGCUCUCUCUCACGUUUUCUUUUCUUCCCCUUCUCCUUAUUUUUACAAUUCUUGUCCCACCCAAUAAUGUAAAACUAUCGUGUACGGGUUCUUCUUUCCCCUUUGCCCUUACGUAGAAAACAAAGUUCAGUGCUCCCUGUCUCUGUGCUCAUCUUCCUGCCAAUAGGUAACCCUCUAAAAUGUUGGAUCCUCCUCAUGUGCUGAGUUUCUAGCCUUUUCUGAAACUCUGUGACUGGGGAGAGGGCAGGCGGGCAGGUGGGUGCCCUGGGCCUUCCAGCCUCCUUCCCCGCUUCCCAAACCUCCCUCUUGGGAACUCCUCAGGGACAACUACUGCUGAGUCUGAGUGCUGCUCCGAGAUGGAGGCCCUCAGAGAGAGGGGGAGAGGUGUGCGUGUGUGUGUGUGUGUGUGUGUGUGUUGUUUGUGUGUGUAUGUGCGCACAUGUGUGCGUGCCUGCCCUUGCACACAGAUGAGAGCUGUGAUUGUGACCUUGUUUUGUGUAAUGGGACCCAUUUGUGUUUCCUCGACUAUGUUUUAUUCCCACCUUUGCCGUUCCAUACCAUCACUUUUUGUCUUUGGGAAAACACAGGAACUGUUUCUCUGGGGACAAGGCUGUCCUCGUGGUUAUUUCUGUUCCAGCCUCUUCAAACUGUGCAAUCUUUAGCAGGAACCCCCUCUCCUCUCAGUAGCUUUGAGUCUUGAGAGUUUCUGGGAGAGGGGUAGAACUGGAUCUUUCCUAAACCAUGAGUAUCUGGGUUUAGUUGUGUUUUCCUUCCUUGCAUCUACUUCAUAUCCCCAGCAGCGGCUCCUGGAGCACAGGAUGGGUAGAGAGGAGAGAUUCUGGUUCUGCCACUGCCCUGUGUAUGACCAAGCCCAGGUUAAGCCCCCAACACAUGAGAGGAAAGCUGCUAACUCCGAGCUAUAGCCAUGGGCCUCUGGCCCCCUGCUUUCCUGCUCAGCAGAGCCCCUCCCAUCAGAAAUUACGGGUACUUGCACUGGGGAGGUGGCUGCUAGCUGGCCUAAGCAGAGAGCUGAGGCAUCCAAGCAAUGUUCCAUUGGUGGGGGCGAGGGUGCCAGGUGAGGUGGAGUGCUCCUUAUACUCCAGCAGUACUGGGGGGCAGGGCAGUGCAGGUUCCUGGGCAGCCCUUACUCCUUUUCACCCUGCCCUCACUCCACUCCCUAUUGCCUAUUUCUAAAGUCGCCUUUUCUGUCGAAAAACCUCAAAACUUAACUUUAUUUGAGAAUUUUUUUUUUUGCUUUUAAAUAAGAGGUGGAUUGAAGAAUAUUUGAAUUGACUUUAUAUUAUGCAUAAAUAUUUAUAUUUUAUCUAAAUAACUGCGCCGUAACAAACUUUGUGUCAGUCAGAUGUUUGGAACUGUUAUAACUGGGGAUAACUUCCCCCAUAGCAAGUUUCCCUUGGCAUAAAAUGUACUGGAGUUGUUCAUUGUUGGAGGUGGAAGGGAGAGUGUGGCCUUCGUUGUCUGCUCCUCUCCAGUUCCAGCUCUUUCCUAGGGACCAGGCACUCAUAAGGCGGGGUGGAGGUCCUAGACUUGAUCUGAAGAAGUGGGGUAGGGCAUGAUCAAAGGGGCCAUCCUCACUUUUCCUUUCUCAUCUUCAAUGCCCCUUGAACUAGGUGGAUUUUCUCUUAUUGACAGAGUAUUUGGUAGGGAAAGCAGGUUAAAAAUAAAACAACCCACCCCUGCCCUUUGUGUCCCCUCCCCUAUCUGGUAACAGCAAGAAACCAUCAACACCAACAAGUUUCCAUGUUCCUUUUACAACAAAAGGGACUGACUUUUUAUAUAACCAAAUGUGGUGUUUUAGUGACUUUUUGAUAAUGUACAGUUUUUUGUGAAUUUAAAUUUAUUUCUUUCUAUAUUUUUAGGACCAAUCUCAUUUUUAAUAAGGUUUAAAAAAGGAAAAAAAGUGUAGAGAAUAAAAAAACCUCGUUUUUGCCAUGUGAUGUUCCACAGGUGCGGCUGUAGAAAAGUGCUUGUCAUUGAAUAAAACCACAUUUGAUAGCAA